AUGCUGCAGUCGGAGCGAGACGUGGGCCUGGCGGACCUCUUUGACCGCUGGAUGAGUGCGACCCAGCUGCAGCGCGCCAUGGUCCGGGCCGGGAUCAACGUGUUUGUCAACGAGCACACAGACAAGUUUGUUCCUUCCUGCUGCAAGGAUCCUCUGGCAGAGAACACAGCCUAUGAACAGAUGUCCUUAUUUGCCUCCGUCUGCACCUUCUCCUGGAGCAAGUGGAAUUCCCAGUGUGGCGGCCAGCAUGUCAUCAUGAAGGCGUGCGAGCACCAGGGUCCAGACCCGAUCCCUGAGGACCAGUGGAGUCUCUACCUGCUGGGGGCGCACAGAUUCCAGAAGCUGGAGAUAACGGAGACGAGCGAGACGUUCUGCUUCGACCAUCAGCCCGACAGCGAGUUCCACUCCACCUUCAUCCACAUGCUGCAGGACAACAUGACUCCUGAGGGCAUAGGUGACACCCGGGAGUGCCACUUCCUCUUUGUGGACACCGUGCAGAGUCUGCUCUGUGCCACCAGACCCUUCAUGUUCUGCUAA